AUGUACACAUACGUAUGUAAUACAUAUAUGCACAAAACGCACGUGAAAAAGCCUCUUAUCGUGUACUGGUCAACAAUUUCCGCGCUAGCUCGUAUGAUGCUCGUAUCUUCUAUAUUUACGAAUGAACGAAUCUACUGACAGAACGAACAAACGUUCUUAAACCCAAACCUGAUUGUAAUUACAGGUUUGACUGCGAGUGGAUCAGCUGUUUCGACUGUUUGUCGAUGACAGAUGGACUGUACAAGUGUGGGAUACGAUGAAUCUGUGUGUAGAUGAAAGAUACACAUACGUACCGAACCGAGACCUGACCUGACCGAUCAGAUAUACAGUAUAAAGUGCGGAUUGCGCACAACAGCACAGUUGCUGUACAUCAGCUGUACGUGGCUGCGUUGAAGUAUUUACUUGACGAUUAAACCGAAACAUUAAUCGAGAUGGCUAUGCGAAAUUUGACGGAGCCGUUCGUUUUAAUGCGAAAUAAUGCUCUACAGAGCAAACACAUAUACGUCGAGCAGAAUCUGUCCGACCGAAUGGCCCUGGUGGCUUCGGAUUCCGGCGCUUCGUCGGACAACGUCGAAUUGAAAAACAUCAACUUGGAGAGCAACGCACCACCUGCGUGGACGGAUGCGUUGGAAGAGACACAAUACAUUUUGAGUAGAUUGCGUAUAAAGAUAGACAGCUUGAUAGAGGUGCAUGCCAAGCAAUUGACUCGACCAACGCUGGAUGAUUCGUCUCAGGAAGAGAGACAAAUGGAACAAUUGAUCCGAGAAAUAGGACGCGCGUUUUCUAGCGGUUACCGCCAGGUACAAACCAUAAAGGCGGCGGCGAGGCACGCGAACAAACCCGUGGAACGUCUGUUGGCCAUCAACGCGAUAAUGGCACUUUCGACGUCUCUGCAAGAGCUGGGCCUCCGAUACAGAUCCGCUCAGAACCACUAUCUAACACAGAUCAAAUCGAGGGAAGAAAGGAGUAAUCAAUUCUUCAGCGAGGAUCAAUCGAUGUUCUUAAACGACACCGUCACGGAUUCGUGGUCGAUGGAAUUGAACGAAGUACAUUCGAAUUAUUGGGAAAGUAACGAACAGAGGCAGGACACCGUGCUUUUGCAAUUGGAGGAUACGGAAGAUAGAGUAAAAUUAGCUGUGGAAAGAGAAGAACAAAUUGGAAGCAUAGUACAGAGUAUAGCGGACCUCAGGCAUAUAUUCAAAGAUUUAGCGAGUAUGGUGCAGGACCAAGGCACUGUUCUAGAUAGGAUCGAUUAUAACGUCGAACAGGCGCAAGUUCAAGUGCAAGAGGGCUACAAGCAAUUGAAGAAGGCCGAUUCUUAUCACAGAGCCAAUAGAAAAUUGUAUUGCAUCGUCGUGCUCGCGGGAGCUAUAAUCCUAGUUAGUUUUCUCUUCGUAGUGUUUAAAACAUGAACCGCGGAUGGACAUACCUUCCUCUCGAUUAAGUAAAUGCAUUUCAGUAUCCGAUUAUUAUCGAUGAUCAGUCAUAGUCGACGACAAACAAACAUUUGAUCAAGGUUCCGGAUGAAUUCGGCGGAUACACACGUAUCGCAUUUUAUUCUCUCUUCAAUCGAAAUCAUUCCGAGGCAUUCCCUUCCAUAAAUUAAAGAUGUUGAAGUUUCCGAAUCGAUACGAUCGAAAUGUAUUUCACUGGCCGUGUAAUGUAAUAUCUAAUGACCUUUCCAUCGAUCCAUCUUCUGAUCGAGAUCGAUGAAUACAAUUCAUUUUUAUCAAGAUCGUUGUUUGUACACGUAUUUUUUAUUUACUGUAACCUGGUGUACGCGAGUAAGCGAACCGAAGGGACGAGCUAAUUCAAAGUAAAUACUACUCUCAUAAAAAACGGAAUAAAAGGAAAUCGGAAAAUCUGCCAAACAAUGAUUCAUUAUACCUUUACGGUUACUAUCUGUAAAAUUCUAAAAGUGGAAAAAUAGCUUUACGUUCGAUGCGUAACAUCCUUAAGUUUACUUUAACGACUCGUAACAAUGUUCAUUUCAAUAAAUGGAACUUACAGUACUAAGUGCUAGUAGGCAAAUGAAAAA